AUGAGUGGGUUUCCCCAGGGCGCCCGCCCGCUUCUGUUACGUAAGUAUUUUCGGUGUGAACGACUUGUUAGUGAGGAAGGGGAAAGUUUCCAUGUCCACCUGGAAAAACCUUCUACUGCCAAAAUGGAAAGGGAGCAGCGGGGCUGGGCCACUUGCGGCAAACCCCCAUUUCCAUGCAAACAGCUCCCAUUUCCAUAUCCAGGCGCCUUGUCCUUUGUUUUUGCUGGGCUCGGUGUGGAAUGGAUUGCCGCUGCUGGAACCCAGCUGCCGGUUGAGCCUGGGACACCUCCCGAUCGGCCGGCGGCCAUGCCGCAAAGUAUACUGACCUGUGUAUGUACUAUAACUUUAUUCUCGGCGGGGAUUUGCAUUGUAUUUCUGCCUAGUAUUUUCACCUCUGUCAACUCAAAGUCUGGACUGCUCUCCGCGGCCACGCUUCCUCACGCGUGCGUCCGUUCAUGUACGUUCGUGUACGUUCCGUGCCACGGGUAUUCCACAGCGUAUUUUCCCACGACUCUUUUUGGACUCUGUGUCCUUGGCUCUCAUUUGGCUGCGCCUCUGCAGCUCGCUGGUCGCGGGUCCCCUAUAUCCCGGUUCUUCAAACCAUGCUGUAUUCUGCGGUUCAGUCACUGCCUGCUUUCCCAGGAAGCACUUCCCAGGAGCUGUGUUUGUUUCGAUGCGUCCCUUGCCGCCUGUGACCCUGUGGACUCGCUGCUCAGGUCUCGCUCUACCGGGUCUAAAUCACAGAACUGCUUGUGGAGCACCAUUAUUGGUGGGCUGACGGGCAACCUCAAGGAAAGGCCAAAGUUGACCAUUAUCAAUGACCCUAGACAUCCUGAAGAAAUUUUAGCAGAUGAACUACUGUCAGUGGACAGCCCUGAAGCAUUGGUGAAAACAUCUUUCAGAUUACGGUCUUUGGUAAAGCAAUUAGAGAGAGGGGAAGCUUCAGUUUUAGAUCUAAAGAAGAAUUUGGAAUAUGCAGCGACUGUUCUUGAUGAACACAUUGGUGAAACUAGGCAUUUACUGGACACAGAAGAUGAGCUCAGUGAUAUCCAGUCUUACUCUGUGCCCUCAGAGGUCCGUGACUGGUUAGCUUCUACCUUCACACGGCAAAUGGGGAUGAUGCUCAAAAGGACUGAGGAAAAAACCCAGUUCAGGAGUAUUGUCCAUGCAGUGCAAGCUGGGAUAUUUGUGGAAAGAAUGUACAGGCGUACUUCAAAUAUGGUAGGCUUGAGCUACCCACCAGCUGUAAUUGGAGUGCUAAAGAAUGUAGACAAGUGGUCCUUUGAUAUGUUUGCACUAAAUGAUGCCAGUGGGGAUCAUGCACUGAAAUUCAUUUUCUAUGAACUUCUCACACGCUAUGAUCUGAUCAACCAUUUCAAGAUUCCCAUAUCUGCCUUGGUGUCUUUUGUGGAAGCUCUGGAGCUUGGCUACAGUAAACACAAAAAUCCUUAUCACAACCUAAUGCAUGCUGCAGAUGUCUCACAGACAGUCCAUUACUUCCUUUUCAAGACAGGCACUGUGCCCUGGCUGACAGAGCUGGAGAUCUUCGCUAUGAUUUUUGCAGCUGCCAUACAUGACUAUGAACACACUGGAACCACCAACAAUUUUCACAUCCAGACAAGGUUGGACUCAGCCAUUCUAUAUAAUGACCGGUCUGUGCUUGAAAAUCAUCACAUUAGUGCAGCAUAUCACCUUUUGCAAGAUGAUGAAGAGAUGAACAUUUUAUCUAAUCUCUCAAAGGAUGAUUGGAGGGAAUUUAGAGCUCUAGUCAUUGAGAUGGUGUUGGCUACUGAUAUGUCCUGUCACUUCCAACAAAUCAGAGCUAUGGAGAAUGCUUUGCAGCCGCCAGAAGGAAUUGACAAGCCGAAAACCUUAUCACUGUUAUUACAUACAGCAGAUAUCAAUCAUCCAGCCAAGGCCUGGGAUCUCCAUCAUCACUGGACUAUGUCUCUACUAGAGGAGUUCUUCAGACAGGGUGACAAGGAAGCAGAGGUAGGGCUGCCCUUCUCUCCUCUGUGUGAUUGGAAAUCUACUAUGGUUGCUCAGUCUCAAAUAGGUAUGUCCCUUUUGGUGCAUGUGAAGUAG